AAACAUCCUUUGGAGCGAUGGGAUCGAAGAACUGACAGUGAGGACCAACCCAUGGUGACAUCCUCUGUAAGCUGCCUCUUAUCUUCUAAAAUCUCUACCGACAGGCCCGGAUUGACUUUCGGUCUCGAGCCGGCAUCUGGCAACAACUAAAAUUCCCGCUGUGCAGGGUGUUCCGGCCAAGAUGAGCAACAUGUACGGGUACAAUGACUACGAUGGUCCGCAUCGUGCAAUGGCUCGAUUCUCUCUGGAGGCCGACGACGAGGACAACCCACUACAGGCUGGAUUUUGGAUGGAAGGAGAUUCAUUGGCGCCCCCUUGUGGAACAGCCGUUCCAACGAUUCAUCGUAUGCUGGAUUUUGCUCAAGUGUCGUCGAAGGACGUCGUAUAUGAUCUGGGCUGCGGAGACGCUCGCGUAUGCUUAGAAGCGUUUGCUCGAAAGAAAUGCCAAAGUGUGGGCGUGGAGGUGGAGGCAGAUUUGGUAUCUAGAGGUCGGGAACUCAUUGCGCGACUCAAUUAUGUAGAUCAAGAACGCUUGCCUUUCAUUAUUGAGCAGGAUUUACGAAUCGUCCUCCGGAACCUUGUUCGCCUAGCUGCCAAAGCUACAGCGCCAACAGAACAGUCGGACGAUAUUGGUGCUCUACCUCUACCAACAAUCAUCAUAAUGUAUUUGCUUCCAGAAGCUCUGGCAGAACUAGAGGACAGCCUGAGAGAAUUAUUGCGGCUAUUGCCGGAGUCAUUUCGGAUACUGUGUAACACGUGGGGUCUCAAUAGUCUUGUACCCCAGCAACGAAUGGAUGUCAAAGAAGAAGGUGGAGCGGUCACCCCUCUAUCUAUAUAUACACGCAAAAGCCUUUGACUCAAUCUAUAGAUCAUUGUCGCUUGUCCCAAAAUGGUCUACUGGCAUGACAAAGGUGUAAGUAGCUUAUUCACCUCAUGCAAGAGAAAGAAGAACACCACGACUUUAAUUGGAAGCAGUUGAUUAAAAUCAAUCCCUUUCGAAGUGGCAUAAGAGCACAAGCAGAAAAAAUCUCGGAAAACAUGCGAAGUCCAACAUUUCGGCCAUUUCUAUAUUUAAAUGGGAGCUGGGUGGAUGCUUAAAGCUUGGUGUGGCUGGAUCGGCAGUUUUUAGAGUGGGAAAGCAUUUAGCCAUAUCAUUCCUUCAGCAGGCUCCUCGCUUUGUCAGCUGGCACCAGAAAAUUCCAUCGCCCUCAACAGUUGCCUGUUCAAAUUUUUAAUGACACAUCUCUUUCAGCCAUGGCGGUUCGGUUUCCUGUAACACUGUGAGCGACGCUGGGACUCGUUUCUGACUGGUCCCACGGUUUAUUUGGAAUGAAAUCGACUUUAAAGGUUUUGAGUCGGUACGCACUAAAUCUCUUUUUCAAGGAUGUCGUUCAUGUCAAUUUUAAGACUGUCUAUUGACCAGCCGCGAUCGAAUUGGUUUGGUCGCAUACAAGCGUUUCACUGUCAGUAGACAAAGGAUUUGCCUAAACCGUUGUGUUUCGUGUUUCGUAGGAUACUCACGGAGCAACAAGAUCUAAAAUAUUAUCCUCAUAGCGCUCUAGCUGAAGCCGAUGAGGUAAAUACGGCCGAGAAUAGGUUUAAUUUUAAACUUGAACAAAUGUGUCUUGUUC